CCUGCGUACCUCGCCUGUCUGACGUGGAGAUUGACUGCCUGACAAACUCAGCCUGGGUGAUGUACGAGGAGUCUGCCGGGGCCGAGGACUAUGUCGUCAUGGCGACAGACAGCCAGGGUAACGUCCAGACAUUUGAGUGUAACUCCACGUCAGAUGGAAUGUGCAGUUUGCCGCCGUUGAUGUGCAGCCAAAACCUCACCUUCACCAUCAAGGGCCUCGACCGGCAGUGCUCCAGUGCCCCCAGCAACGCCAUCACAACCGAGACAGCUCCCUGUCCUCCUGAGGAUGUGAUGACAUCAGUGAGCUGUGAAAAUCACACAGCGAGCAUCUCAUGGUCGGCCGUUCCUGGUGCAGUUACGUAUAAGGCCACGCUGGAGCAGAUAAAUGGAGGCACCUCCUGUUGCACCACAUCGGACACGGGCUGUGACAUCAGCGAUCUGCCGUGUGGAGAAAUGUACAUCCUGCUCAUCUCGGCUGAGGGACGAACGUGCAACAGCUCUCAGAGUGAAGGAGAGAUCGUCAGAACAGCGCCGUGCGUUCCUAAGAACCUCAAAGCCAAUCUGAGCUGCAGCAACAAUGUGGCCUCCAUGUCGUGGGACCACAGCAAUGGAGUCGGACAUCUUUACAGGGUGAGGGCUGAGAGUGCCGACGGCCAUGUGAACGAGUGUGUCUCCAUCGAGACCCAGUGUGAUCUGACAGGACUGCGUUGUGGACAGCAUUACGUGGCUACUGUGACGGCGGAGGACAGAGACUGCAAGGGCAAACCCAGUGACAAUGUGACAGUCAAGACCGUGCCGUGCACCCCUGUGAACACCUCCUCUGCAAUGGACUGUGAGGCCAAUUCUCUGAUUGUAUCCUGGUCAGAGAGCCUGGGAGCCGACUCCUACAUCGCCACAGUGCAGGACAGUAAUGGUCAGACCACAAACUGCGUGGGCACAACUGAGGGAUCCUGCAAUGUGACGGGAGUCGGCUGCAGUCAGAUCUACCACGUCUCCGUGGUCUCCUCUGAUGGAUACUGUGACAGCCCGUCCACUUCUGUGGUUAACACAGCUUCAGUUCCCUGUAAACCGAGAUUUAUCAAGGCAGUGGUGGACUGCUACACGCAGACAGCCCUGGUGGGAUGGUUCCCAAGUGAUGGAGCUCUGUCGUACAUGGUCACGGCCACAGCAAUGUCAGGCCACAACAUCACCUGUGAGGCCACGUUCGCCCACUGCGAGCUGACGGGGCUGCUCUGUGGCCAGAGUUACUCUGUCUCUGUCAAAGCUGUGGGAGAAACCUGCAGCAGCAUCGCUCACAUGUCAAGCCAGCUGGUCACAGAGCCAUGCAUCCCCAAGCGCAUCACCACUGAGUACAGCCAGAUGAUCGGCCAGGUGCUGUGGGACAUCGCCGCUGGUGCUGACAACUACACAGUUGAAGGGGUGACGGAGGAGGGCCUGAUGGUCUCCUGCAUUACAGGCGACAACUUCUGUGCCUUGUAUAACAUGAAGUGUGGCGAAAUGUACAGGGUCACCGUCACGGCAAACAAUGACGUGUGUCAAGACUUGUCCACUUCCACCGAAGCAGUUACAAUAACAACUGAGCCUUGCCCACCAGGCAACGUGCAGGCCAAUGUGAAAUGUCAGAACGACAUGGCAGUUGUGUCCUGGGAGGCCAGUAUUGGUGCGGUGGGCUAUGAGGCUCGUCUCCGCGGCCGCGAUGGCCACUUUCUGACGUGCCACACUAACAACACUUUCUGUAACAUAUAUGGCCUCCACUGUGGAAUUGUCUAUUACACUGAUGUCAUGGCCAUCGGACAGACGCUCAACAGUAGCGCCUCCCCUACUGAACUGCUGGUCGCAGCUCCCUGUGCAGCUAAAGAUGUGGCAGCUAGUUUGGAUUGUUACAACAACACAGCCGAAGUCUCCUGGACUCCAGCCAGCGGAGCAAACUCCUACAUGGUGACUGCUGUAGUGGAUGGUCACCGGGCUUCAUGUGAGACCGAUGGUGACCAGUGUGAUUUGAUGGAGCUGCAGUGUGGUCAGAUGUAUAACGUCAGCCUCACGACCAUCAGCGACCACUGCCAGACCGAAACACAGACUAACGUCACCUUCAACACACGACCCUGUAAACCCAUCCGGGUUGGAGUCAACCUGCAGUGCGGGACAAGUACAGCAAACUUGCACUGGGAGGAAAGAAAUGGAGUGGAGCUGUAUAUGGCUACUGCCACCUGCAGCAUGGGAAUGACUCGGCAGUGCAACUCCACCAACUCCACCUGCCAGUUCUCUAACUUGCACUGUGGGGAAACCUACACAUUCUCGGUCACUGCAUACAGUCACAUGUGCUACAGUGAAGUCAGCAGCACUGUAGAGAUUCAGACAGAACCCUGCCAGCCAACUGGCCUCACAGUCAGCGGGGCAUGUGAGAAUGAGACGGUGGUGUUGGACUGGUCGGCGGCUGAAGGGGCUUCAGUCUACGUGGUGACAGCCGAAGGUGACCUAGGAUUCAUGACAUCUUUCCAAACCAGUGACACAACAGUAGAGGCUGAGCUGCCCUGCGGACAAACAUACAGCUUCACUGUAACAGCUCAAGAUGACAGAUGCGACAGCGCUGUGAGCCUGCCUGAAGAAUUCAGAACAGGUCCCUGCGUGCCGCAGCAUGUACAGAGCUUCACACACUGUGAGGACAGUCUGGGCUCGGUCAGCUGGGCCGAGAGCGAUGGGGCAGAAUCCUACAUGGCCAUCGCAGUUGGACUGGACGGCCACACCCACAUGUGCACCACAAACACCACCACCUGCACCUUUAAUGACUUGCACUGUGGCGAACAGUACACCGUUCACAUCAUCGCCAACGACUACAUGUGCAGCAGCAUGCCGAGCAACAGCACUUCGAUACGAAUGGCACCCUGUAUUCCUCAGAACUUGCAGUCAUCUCUGAACUGCACUAUUAAGGUGGGAUCGUUGAGCUGGAACGCCAGUGAAACUGCUGAGUUUUACAUUGUGACGGCAGAGAACAACAGUGGCCACAAAGUGCAGCUCAGCACUAACGAUACCUGGACCUUCAUUUCUGAGUUCAUGUGUGGACAGGAGUACUACCUGUCUGUUCAGGCGGCCGACUCAGUGUGCACAAGCCACCCCAGUGUGCCUUCAAAGCUUACUUCAGAGCCCUGUUCGCCCACCGGCGUCUCCAGCUUCAUGAACUGUGUUUCUAACAUUGCUGUGGUGUCGUGGAGCAGCUCGGCUGGGGCGAACUUCUACACAGCCACAGUGACGCAGGAAGAUGGCCAGUCAAUAAGCUGCUGGUCUGACAGGGAGCAGUGUGGUAUGCCCAACGUCCUCUGUGGACAGAACUACACAGUGACGGUCGUCGCCUCGAACGGCGAGUGUAACUCUGACCCCAGUGAGGCCGACUCGCUGCAGUCAGUGCCUUGUGUUCCUACUGACGUGGUUGUAAAGAUGGACUGCUCUGAAAACGAGGCUGUCGUGUCCUGGAGAGCCAGCGAGGGCGCUCUCUCCUACAAAGUGUCGGCUAAGAGUUCACAGGGAUCCAUGUCACUCUGUGAGAGUACAGACCCAGUCUGCACAUUGACAGACCUGAAAUGUGGCCAGUCUUACUCUGUCCAGGUGGUGGCUGAGGAUGGUAUCUGCUCAAGUUUACCCAGCCCAGCCAUAGAGUUCAAUUCAGUUCCUUGCACACCUGAAAUUGGCUCAGUGGUUCUGGACUGCUACACCAACUCUGCUCUGCUGGACUGGGCCUUCGCUGAGGGUGCCAUGUCCUACACCGCAACAGCCUGGUCCUCUAGCGGCCAUACUUCCAGCUGCACCACCAACCACACCAACUGCGAGCUGAAGGACCUGCACUGUGGCCAGACCUAUAAUGUGUCUACUGUGGCCUCAAAUGAGAACUGCAGCAGCCCUCCAAGCGACAGCUUGCAGGUGGAAUCAGUGCCUUGUCCUCCUGAAAAUGUUCAAACUGUACUGGACUGCUCCAACAACACAGCCAGUGUGGAGUGGCAGGCCAGUAGUGGAGCUGAUUUCUACAUUGUCCAGGCCUUCGGCAUAGAAGAAGAUAUAUCUGGUUGCGAGUCAGCCUCACAGUCCUGUGAACUCGCAGACCUCAUGUGUGGCUUCAUCUACAACAUCAGCGUGAUUGCCGUCAACAGUCAGUGCAAUGUUUCGCAGAGUGGGGUGACACAGCUGAAAACGGUGCCCUGUGUACCGCAGCAGUUAGAGGCCCGUGUGGUUUGUGAGUCUGGUGCAGUGGCGGUCUCUUGGGAGCAAAGCGACGGGGCAUUAUCUUACACCACAGUCGCCCAGGGCAAUGGUGGCUAUGCGUCAGUGUGCAACAGCAACGAUACAAUAUGCCUGUUUGAGGACUUGCUGUGCGGCCUCAACUACUCCAUCACUGUUAGUGCUUCAGAUAUGAUGUGCAGUAGCGCUGGAAGCUCUGCUGUGGAGAUUAACACGGUGCCGUGCGUACCACCCAAUGUAACCGCCGAGAUGGUGUGCAGUAACGACACAGGCGUCGUGUCGUGGGAAGCAGGAGAGGGUGUCUCCUCCUACAUGGUACGAGCUUUUGGGCCAGAUGGUGACAUGCCAAUGUGUAACAGCACAGGAACCAGUUGUCGGCUACCCAACAUGCACUGUGGCCAGCUCUACAAUCUGACAGUGACAGCUAAGGAUGGACGGUGUGACAACAGCAACGCGUACCUCAACCUGCAGUCAGUGCCUUGCCGGCCAACCAACGUUAAGGCUGCCCUACUGUGUGAAUCCAACUCAGCCGCGGUGACAUGGGAGCGAGCCAGUGGAGCGCUCUCGUAUCUUGCCGUGGCUGUUACAGCGGACGGAAGCCACCGGGCUGAAUGUAACAACACCGUGACUCACUGUGAUCUGAGAGACCUGCAGUGUGGACAGACCUACAAUGUGAGCGUGUUCGGCCAAGAUAAGUCCUGUUCCAGUGCGGAGAGCGAGAAGGCUUACGUGCGAACAGCCCCCUGUGCACCCCAGAACGUAGAGGUUAAGGAACACUGUGAAGAGGGUGCCAUGACUGUGUCUUGGUCCCCCAACCCUGAUGCCCAGUACUUCCAUGUGGCGGCAGUGAGCAACACCAGGGCGAGACUCUACUGUAACUCCAGUGGCACUGCCUGCACAUUAAGGCAUCUGCCAUGUGGACAGACCUACAAUGUUACCGUGCUUUCUGUAAUGGAUAGCUGUGAGAGCAAGCCGAGCCCUGCGAUAGAGACUUCCUCAGCUCCAUGUGUGCCGAGGAACACUAGAGGCCAUCUGGACUGUGUGUCAAACUCUGCCUGGGUGACGUGGGACACCUCAGAAGGAGCCCUCAGCUACUUUGUGCUGGCCAAAGAGGUUGGAGGUCACAACUCGACCUGCACGACCACCGCCUUGCACUGCAACGUCCCAGAUCUGAAAUGUGGAGCUAUUUACACUUUCCACGUCACUGCUGUCAACAGUCACUGCUGGAGUAAUUAUAGCAACACCUUUGAGCUUGAGACAGGUCCUUGUGCUCUAACAUCCGUUAGUGCAGUGACACAAUGCAACAGUGACACAAUCCUGGUUGAAUGGGAGAUGACGGAGGACACGUCCCUCUACCUGGUGACAGCUGAGGGCCACGACCAAAGCAUCAUCUCCUGUAACAGCAGCUCCACUUCAUGUGAACUCCAGGAUGUCCAGUGUGACAUGCAUUAUAGCAUUAUAGUCUCAGCUUCUUCUGACAAGUGCAGCAGCCUCAGAAGCCCACCAAAGAAGAUUAAAACAGCACCCUGUGUCCCAAACAACGUGACAGUGGUACCAUCAUGUGAGGAGAAUGGAGCCAUGGUGAUGUGGUCUCACUCCCCUGUGGCUACAUCCUACCAACUGAUGGCCACAGGAAGAGACGGGCAUGUCGCAAGCUGCAACACCACAGUGAACAACUGCACCCUGGAUUAUCUGCACUGCGGACAGCCAUACAAUUUUAGCAUCACCGCCAGUAGAGACAACUGCACCAGCGAGCCUUUCACUUCAACCUUCAGAACUGUGCCCUGUGAGCCCUCUGGUCUUGCAGUGGACAUGGAUUGUGAGACCAACUCUGCCAUCCUGUCUUGGACUGCCAGUGAGGGCGCUGUGGAAUAUUUUGGCUGUGCCAAUUCUACAGAUGGAGAGGUACUCUACUGCGACAGCACAGCCACCUUCUGCACCAUCGAAGGCCUGGAAUGUGGUGACAUUUACAAUUUCUCUGUUGAAGCGUCCAACGGCGUCUGCAACAGCUCGUUUAGUGCACCCCUGGAAGCGGGAGCAGCUCCAUGUCCUCCGACUACUGUAAACGUCCAAAUGCGGACAAUAGGCCAGGGUCACUGGGCCAUGACGUCGUGGGACAGCGUCAAUUGUUCUGAUGUUGAGUACCUUGCAGUGAUAACUGGUCGAAUCAACAACAACCCACAGACCCUGAUGGAUGUCUCUUCUUAUUGGACAGAAAUUACAUACUUUGAGUUCCUGAUGCCUUGUAGCACAGCUUAUAACCUCAGUGUAUGGGCCAGAAACUCAGCUGGAGUCAGCGAGCCAUCCACUGCCUUUACUGGAGUCACAGUCCCCUGUGCACCACAGAAUGUAGAAUACACCGGCACCACACAGUCUGCUGUACUUUCCUGGGACGCAUCAGUUUUGGCCACAGUGUACACUGUCUUCAACGUGUCGGGGACAGACCGCGUGGAGCUUUGCAACACCACUGGGCUCUCUUGCCAGCUGACCAACUUUGACCCUGGUGCCACUGUAGUGAUAGCCAGCAAUGCAGAGGGAGAGAGCAACCCGAACAGCAAUAUUACAGGUCCAGUAGGAGCUCGCAGAAGAAGAGAUUUACGGAUCAAUCAAGUUUUUUCCCGUUUAGACGCUCUUACCAAAGGUCUUGAAAUCCCAGAGGUGAAGAUUGUAAAAGUAAGUGGAGUGUCCUUGUAUGUGCGGUGGACGACAGUGACGGAUGCAACCGUCUACACACUUGUGAUUGAGGAGAAAGAGCAGCCGGCUGACCAGCCACUCAGAGUGAGAACCGUGGAAGGUGAUAAUGCCAUAGAGACUGACCUCAAGCCCUGGACCACCUACUGCAUUAGGCUGGCAGCGAAAAACACCAUAAAUGAAAGCUUGUACUCAGAGCCAAUCUGCAGAACCACCACUGCCUCCUAAUGAAACACCACAGAUCCACUUCAACAGACACUGGACUCACAGGGUUAUAUGUAUGACUUCUUCACUGUGUAGCAUCCUUUACAGAAUUUUUACUGGUUCAGUCUCGAAGAGCUUUAGAUGAAGAUUUGUAAAAAGAAGGAAUUAAAACAACAAAGCUGUCACAAAAUUCUCCUCUGUGGAGUCCAUCUUACAUGUCACUAAUAAAUUCUGAUCAAACACGAAGAGAACCUUUAGAUUUGAAUGCUUAUGAAUCUUAAUUAGUAAUAGCAGAUAUACAUUUUCAUAAUUGUGGCUGGUAUCAUAGCAGCAUGUGGCAUUAUAGGUGUGUAUCAAAGUAUUGUGGAAAUUAUAUUUAACAAGAAUGGUUUUAUUUUUGAGGUUAUUAGAUUCUAUGGAUGAUUGUUCAACUAAAAAAGAGUAGUGCAACAAAAAAACUGAUUAUUUAUCAAGCUAAAUAUUUUUAAAACCAUGCAGUAUAUUUUCUUUAUGAUGCCCUAUGUGACUUAUAGUCUUGAACAGUGACGGAUCUUUUUAUCAAUCCCAGAAAUAAAUGAAUAAAAAUAAAUCUGUGAAAC